UCAACCACAUCAUCCAGAAUGUCUGAGAAAAAGCCAUCAAAAGCAGUCAUAUACAAACCCCCAACCCGCACCCCAAUCACCACCCCCUCAGUAAUCCUCUAUGGCAGCAUCGAACCCUCCACCCCCUCCUCCCCUGACUGGCAAACGCACCUCUCAACCUCUCUCUCCGACCUGCCCAUCACCAUCAUCAACCCGGUGUGCGAGGCCUGGGACAGCACAUGGGUCGAAGACAUCUCCGAUGUAAGGUUCAAGGAGCAGGCUGAGUGGGAGAUGGAUCAUGCUAAGGUUGCUGAUGUUAUUGCAUUUUAUUUCAAGCCGGGGACGUUGACGCCGGUGAGCUUGUUGGAGUUAGGGAUGUAUGCGGCGAUGUAUGAGGGGAUGGGAAAGGUGGCGGUUUGUGCUCCGCAAGGGUUUUAUAAAAGGGGGAAUGUGCAGAUUGUUUGUGGGAGGUUUGGGGUGGAAUUGGUGGGGACGCUGGAAGAGCUUGAGAAGGCUGUGAGGGUGCGGCUGCUGGGAAAGUUGGCGGCAUAAUCGUGUGGAGUCCAAUGUUGCGACUUUGUGAGCUCAGCUCUCUCCACUCUUGUCCUCUUUCUUUGGCAAGGCUG